UAGAUGUAGAAAAGGUUAAAGGCGCCUCUCUUUAUCUCUCUCUCUCUCUCUCUCUCUCUCUCUCUCUCUCUGUUUUGUUACACUAAAACCUUCUCCUCUCUCUCUCUCUCUCUCUCUCUCUCUCUCUCUGGGUCUCUCUCUAUAGUUGUCUACAAAACCAGGGUUUUUGCGGCUGAGACAUAUUGAAAAUGGAAAAUGGGGUUGCGAGCGUUGGUGGGCCCCAAUUGGGAGAGGAAAAAAAUGUGGAAAAUCAGGUUUCUGGGGAUAAGGUAGAGGAGAGGGUUUUGGUGGGGUCUGAUAGGUUGAAAGAUUUUGAAGAUGAGGUUUUUGAGGAGGCAGUUGAUUCACCAGAGGGAAUUGAUUCACCAGAGGGAAUUGAUUCACCAGAGCAGUUGCAGGACCUGGGAGCAAAAUCUGAAUUUGGUGUCUGUGUUAAGACUGUGGGUGAUUCCAGUUCACUUGUGGUGGAUGAGAACUCAAAUAUGGAAAAUGAAGCGGAGACAUUUGAGGAGGCAGUUGGUGCUCUUGUUGAGGCUGGGGACCUUGAGGAUUUGGCUGCAGUGGUUGGUGGAGAAAGGUCGAAGGAUUUGGUUGGUGGUGAUAGUGUUGAUAAGAUUGAUGAGGGUGGGACUACUAGUGAAGUGGUUUGCCAUGAAUUGAAUGGAGAAAAGGAGGUCUCUGAGAUUGGUGGAGAUGGAGGAAAUGAGGUUUCGAUGGGUGCAGUUGGGGUGAAAUGUAGUCAUGAGGUUGGAUUGAGCAGGGAGAUUCUGUCUGAGGAUGGUAAGAUGGAGGAACUGAAGAAGGAUGAAUUGGGUACUGUAUAUCACAACACUGGAGGAUCUGUUGGUGUAGUCCAGCUUCAAGAGGAUAAUGGUGAUGCUUUGAAUGAUAAUGUACCUAAAGUUGACACUGAAUGUCAUCAGGUUGAGAAAAGUGGAGAAUUGAAAGGUGAUGAUACUGUCCGUGCUUCUGGGAAUGGGGUUCCUGAGAGUGAACAAUUGAUGGAUAAUUCAACAAAUUUGGACAUGGGGCUCCAAGGUGGUAGCAAUGGAGAUGUGAAAGACACCUCUGUUCCAGUGGAUUCUGGGCAUCAUGAGGAAAUUCAUGACCUGAAUGCUAAUUCAGCUGUCCCACAUACAGUUGAAGCAACAGCAGCACCAGAAAUUUUGAACUUACUCUCAGAGAAGUUUGUGAAUGAGAGUAAUGAGGAUAUUCGAGAUUGUGUAGCUACUUCAGCAACUCUUAGAGAAGAGUAUAACAAAACUGAACCACCUUGUGCUGAUGAAAAAGUUAAUGGUGUUGGCAAAGAGAGUAAUGUGAUUGAGGAGCCAAAAAAUAAAGUGGAAAAAGAUCAUGAAGAGAAGAAAAGAACUCAAGGAAAUGGUGAACGAGAAAUUCCAACUCCAGAAAAGCUUGCCUCGCUGUCUGAAAAAUCCACUGGUCCUGCUCCUACGCCUGUUCGUCCAGCGGGCCUUGGGCGUGCCGCCCCACUACUGGAACCUGCACCUAGGGCAGUGCAGCAGCAGCAGCAGCAACGUGUUAAUGGAACUGCGUCUCAGGUGCAAUCCCAACAGAUUGAAGACCCUACCAAUGGGGAGGGUGAUGAGUACAAUGAGACUCGUGAAAAACUGCAGAUGAUUAGGGUGAAAUUUUUGCGGCUUGCCCAUAGGCUAGGGCAGACUCCACAUAAUGUUGUUGUAGCACAGGUUCUCUACAGGCUGGGAUUAGCUGAACAGCUGCGAGGGAGAAAUGGGGGCCGUGUUGGUGCCUUCAGUUUUGAUCGUGCAAGUGCCAUGGCUGAGCAGCUUGAGGCAGCUGGGCAGGAACCCCUUGAUUUCUCUUGUACAAUUAUGGUUCUUGGGAAGACAGGAGUUGGUAAAAGUGCAACCAUCAAUUCAAUAUUUGAUGAAGUAAAGUUUGGCACUGAUGCUUUUCAAUUAGGUACAAAAAAAGUUCAGGAUGUUGUUGGCACUGUUCAAGGGAUUAAGGUACGGGUCAUAGAUACACCAGGUCUCCUACCUUCUGGGUCUGACCAGCGCCAGAAUGAAAAGAUUCUUAACUCUGUUAAGUACUUUAUCAAGAGAACUCCUCCAGACAUUGUUUUGUAUCUGGAUAGGUUAGACAUGCAGAGCAGGGAUUUUGGUGAUAUGCCUCUCUUACGCACCAUCACUGAUAUAUUUGGUCCAUCCAUAUGGUUUAAUGCAAUUGUGGUCCUGACUCAUGCAGCGUCUGCUCCACCUGAUGGGCCAAAUGGUACUGCUUCAAGUUAUGACAUGUUUGUCACUCAACGUUCUCAUGUUGUUCAACAAGCAAUCCGUCAGGCAGCUGGUGAUAUGCGGCUUAUGAAUCCAGUUUCAUUAGUAGAGAACCACUCAGCAUGCAGGACAAAUAGGGCUGGGCAGAGGGUGUUGCCAAAUGGCCAGGUUUGGAAACCUCAUUUGUUAUUGCUGUCUUUUGCAUCAAAGAUUCUUGCUGAAGCAAACGCGCUUUUGAAGUUGCAAGACAGUCCACCAGGGAAACCUUUUGCAACUCGAUCAAGGGCACCUCCUUUACCAUUUCUGCUCUCAUCCCUUCUCCAGUCAAGACCACAAGUUAAGCUGCCUGAGGAGCAGUUUGGUGAUGAGGAUGGUAUUGAUGAUGAUUUGGAAGAGUCAUCGGAUUCUGAGGAUGAAUCUGAAUAUGAUGAUUUGCCACCAUUUAAAAGUUUGACAAAGGCCCAGGUGGCCAAGCUUACUAGAGCUCAGAAAAAGGCAUAUUUUGACGAGUUAGAAUAUAGGGAAAAGCUUUUGAUGAGGAAGCAGUUGAAGGAGGAGAAAAAUCGACGAAAAAUGGCGAAGAAAAUGGCUGCUGCUGCUAAGGAUUUGCCUAGUGAUUACAGUGAAAAUGCAGAAGAGGAAAGCGGUGGCGCUGCAUCUGUGCCAGUUCCAAUGCCAGAUUUAGCAUUGCCUGCUUCUUUUGAUUCUGAUAAUCCCACACAUCGGUAUCGUUAUCUUGAUACCUCCAACCACUGGCUUGUGAGGCCUGUUCUAGAAACUCAUGGUUGGGAUCAUGAUGUUGGUUAUGAAGGUAUAAAUGUAGAAAGAUUGUUUGUGGUGAAAGACAAAAUUCCUUUAUCUUUUUCUGGGCAGGUAACAAAGGAUAAAAAGGAUGCCAAUGUUCAAAUGGAAUUGGCAAGCUCUAUAAAGCAUGGGGAUGGGAAAUCCACUUCACUAGGUUUUGAUAUGCAGACUGUGGGGAAGGAUUUGGCUUAUACUUUACGUAGUGAGGCAAAGUUUUGUAAUUACAAGAAGAAUAAGGCAACAGCUGGUCUCUCAGUCACCCUCUUGGGUGACGCCUUAUCAGCUGGACUGAAAGUUGAAGAUAAAUUGAUUGUCAAUAAACGGUUCCGAAUGGUCCUGUCUGGGGGUGCAAUGACUGGCCGUGGUGAUGUAGCUUAUGGUGGCAGUUUAGAGGCACAGCUGAGAGACAAGGAUUAUCCUUUGGGUCGUUCCCUAUCGACACUUGGGCUCUCUGUCAUGGAUUGGCAUGGAGAUCUUGCUGUUGGUUGCAAUAUUCAAUCUCAGGUGCCUAUAGGGCGGUCUACAAAUUUAAUUGCUCGUGGAAAUUUGAAUAACAGGGGGGCAGGACAAAUCAGUAUUCGCAUAAAUAGCUCAGAUCAGCUUCAAAUAGCUUUGAUUGGGCUACUUCCUCUGUUAAAGAAGCUGUUUGAUUACCCUCAACAAAUGCAGUUUGGACAAUGAUGAAAAUUUAGGUUGUAUGUACUGCAGCUUUCGUGCGAUGAUAGGAAACACUUCAGACAUGCAGUCUAACGGUGGUCAUUGUUAAAAGUGAGUGAAAAAGCUGCUUAUUUAUCUUUAUGUUUCCCCCCCAAACACUUGGUUUUUGUCAAAGCUAAAAUUUCAAGAAUAUGUUGCCUUGAUUAUAGAAAAACUUCAGCUUGUUAAAAUAUUUUCAUAUAAUGGUAUUUGUGCCCAUUUCUGUUUCGAA